GCAGAUUUUUUGAAAGGAUUACCGGUCUACAACAAAAGCAACUUCAGCAGAUUCCAUGCGGACUCUGUAUGUAAAGCAUCAAAUAGAAGACCAUCGGUAUAUCUUCCCACGAGAGAAUACCCGUCUGAACAAAUCAUAGUAACAGAAAAGACAAAUAUACUUUUGCGUUAUUUACAUCAGCAGUGGGACAAAAAGAAUGCAGCAAAGAAGAGAGAUCAAGAGCAAGUGGAAAUAGAAGGUGAGAAUUCGGCACCACCACGGAAAAUCGCUCGGACAGACAGCCAGGAUAUGAACGAGGACACUUAAACUCUUGACUUUCUCUUCUACUACUUUGCAGGCGCUUCCUGUUUUGUCUCAAAGUGUGUAAAUUUUGCCCCCAUUUGUCACCCCUCCACUAUGCAGCCCAAACCACUUCUGACUUCAUAGGAGCCAAUGUAUUUAUUUUUUUUUUUCCUCUCCAUUUUUUUAUUUAUGCCGUAAAACCUACAGAGCAAUGGUGGAACAAGUCAGUAAAUGAUGUAGUAUAACCUUAGUUCCUCCUUUCUAAAAAUAUACACUGUCACUUUCACAGGUUUUGUUGAAUCUGUACCUAACCAACAAGGUCCAUCUGCGGGCGCCUGGGUAGGAGACGUGGGUUAUUGCAGAACCCUCCCGUGACUUAGGUUUUCCGAUUCCUGUGCCCGUUGACAUAUUACACGUGGAUAACUCUUCUUUGGAUGUGCGCAGUCCAGCCAUAAGUGUGGGGCCUCACUAUUUUUCUCAAAUAUUCUGAAACUGGCACUGCACUAAAAAAAAAAU